AUGGGGUGGUUUUGGGGUGACAGUAAAAAUGAUCCUGUCAAAAAGCUCGACCCGGGGCUCAGGGAGUACCUCGAGCAGGAGGCGCCCGACAAAUAUGUGCCUGCGACCGAAGUGAAGCCGACCUCGACAUCAUCACCCGAACCUCAAACCACCGAAUCCGCGAAACCCAAGGUCCCUGCGGCCUCGCUCUACCCCGAUGGCCGCUAUGCUGACCUGUGGAAGACCUACAAAGCCCCAGUCGAUGUCGAUGAGCGUGCAGGUGUGCGCGGGGCCGAGCGGGUGAUUGAGAAGUACAAGGAGCGCGGCGACACUGUACAGCGGGCGGCGAUGGAGAACUGUGCCUUGGAGCAUGAGGCCUUGACCUACUGCUUUCAGACAGGCAACUGGCGCAAGCAAGUCGAGGCACGGCUGACCAUGUGCUCUGCGGAGAAUGGUACUUUUUCACGAUGCUUCCUCACCCAGAGCAAAUUCCUGCAAGCCCUCGGAUAUGCUUCUUCAUUCAACUAUGACACCGAGAAAGAGGAACAGAUCCAGAUGCAUGCCGACAAGCUCUAUCACCAGAUGCUGGACUAUGAAAAGCGAGUCGAGGAUGCAAAGGCUGCUGGUGUCCAGCCACCUCCUCUCAUGUCACUCUUCCAGCCAGAGAAGCAGUCACAGCCUCAAGCUAAACUGGACAUCCCCGGAGGCGAGCCCAUCCCUGCAGGCUUCAAGCCAUCCAAGCCGCUGGAAAAGCUGACACCACACGAGCGAGAGCUGGAGAUCCGGGCACACAAUGCCCAGUUGGAACAACAAAAGCUUUAUGUACAGGAGGCUGGCCCAUUCAUGAAAACCCAGGACAAUGCGCGUUCCAAGAGAAGGGAGGUGGCUGUGAGCUGGUUUGGGGAGACCAUUGGGAAGUGGCUGUCAUAG